AUGUCAUUGUCUAGAAGUCAGAAGAUCGAAUUAGAAUUAUUUGAAGCAGAAGUUAAUAGGCACAAACCCGCAGAUUUCUUACAAUUCUCUGCCAAUUACUUCAAUAAAAGGUUAGAACAACAACGUUUGUUUGCCAAGAGGCAAGAGUCAGUGGCAGAAUCGAAAGGGGUCGUUUUGUUUCCACAGGUAUCUGAACAAGAAUCUUCCGCAGCAGCAGACCUGUCAAAGAAUGAUGUACAAGAGGAACAAGGUGAUGAUCUUGCGGACGUGACUUUUAAGAGUCCAUUUGUUGGUCAGGAUCCACAUUCGACGUCAUCUUCUCAAAAAGGUAGUGGUCAAGGGAUCUUUAAAGGAGGAUUUAACGUGGGGCAAGAAGCAAGCCAUAGGGCUGGAUCCCCUAUGGGACCUCGUUCCAAUGACGAUAGUGGUGAUGAUAACAAGAACAAUCAGAGUCAAUUCAAGAGACAUACGGGGAAUUACAAAUCAUUGCCAACGAAUUUUAACGCUGAAAGACGUACAAGUGUUAGUGCAGAAACUUUCCAACCAGGUAGCUUAGAUAAUUGGACGCCUCCCUAUUAUGUGGAAAAGACUCCGGAACAAUUAGAUCGGUUAUUUAAAGCCGUUGGUGGGAACUUUCUUUUCAACAAAUUGGAUACGGAUUCAAAGAAACUAAUCAUCAAUGCCCUAGAGGAGAAAAGAGUUGACAAAGGUACGGAAAUUAUCAAACAGGGUGAUGAAGGUGAUUUCUUCUACGUAGUAGAAAAGGGUACUGUAGACUUUUUUGUCAACCAUCAUAAGGUAAAUACUUCGAAUGCGGGGUCAAGUUUUGGUGAAUUGGCAUUAAUGUACAACAGUCCUCGUGCCUCUACGGUUAUUGCACAAACCGAAUGUGUACUAUGGGCACUUGACAGACUGACUUUCCGUAAGAUACUACUGGGUAGCUCCUUCCAAAAGAGACUAAUGUAUGAUGAAUUGUUGAAGAAUAUGCCAAUUCUACAAUCUCUAACGACUUAUGACAGAGCCAAAUUAGCAGAUGCCCUCGAUACAGAAUAUUAUGAACCUGGUCAGGAAAUCGUUCGUGAAGGUGACGUUGGUGAAAAUUUCUAUUUGAUUGAAUAUGGUGAAUGUGAUAUCUCUAAAAAGGGUCAGGGUGUUAUUAACCAUCUGAAUGCUCAUGAUUAUUUUGGUGAAAUCGCCCUUUUGAAUGAUUUACCAAGACAAGCGACCGUUACAGCUACUAAGAGAACAAAGGUUGCCACUCUGGGUAAGAGUGGAUUUCAAAGAUUGCUAGGACCUGCAGUUGAAGUUUUGAAAUUAAAUGAUCCAACUGGUAAAUCUAGGGGAUUGGCGGCUGCUUAA